AUGGACAACACUCUUGCCUUAACUCCUGUCUCCGGGAAUGGAGAGGAUAUAUACACCAACGUCAAUCCACACUGGACACCGCCGUGGGGACGCGGUAUCUUCGGUGGUGGUAUUAUAGCUCAAUCACUUUGUGCAGCUCAACGCACUGUCCCCUUAGCCUUCUGUGCGCAUAGCAUGCAUUGCUACUUUGUCCGCCCUGGGACCAGUUCCGAUCCUGUAUUCUACCAUGUCGAACGAAUCCGUGAUGGUAAUCAGUUCGCCUGCCGCAUAAUCCGCGCAAUGCAGCUAGGUCGCUGCAUAUUCACCGCAGCCGUGAGCUUCGCGCAGGAACCACCACCACACCAAAUUCAUAUGCUUAAGCACGCGGCUCCCAUGCCUAUUGACUUAAAACCCCCACCAAGUGUUGUGGACAGCGCCUGUCUCACGAAGACCGCCCCCACUGGCGAAAACAGCUCGUUUGAGUGUGUGCGACAUCCAGUGGAGAGCAGUGGCCCUGAGGUCCCACCAGAGCAGCGCAAAGUGAGACAAUGGAUUCGGGCUAAAGGCCUUUUCGGAAAUAACUAUAUUCAGAAUCCUGGUGCCGAGCACCAGUCACAUAUGGCGGCAUUGGCAUACAUGACUGACUGCUAUUUCAUUGGUACGACGGCGCGCGUGCAUGGAGCGACGAGGUUCGCAGAUAAAAAAUACAUCGACCGCAUGGUGGAAUCUCUAGGGGGCAGUUUGGAAGAAAAGGCUUGGAGGAGGGGGUACUUUGAAGACUUGGCGAGCGAAGAGGUUAGGCAGAUUGAAUCAAGCUUCUGGAAACCCGAUGGACAGGCGCGCGUACGUGUUGGAAUGAUGGUGAGCUUAGACCAUACUAUCUUCUUCCACCAAACGCGCAGCAUUGCGUCAGAUCAAUGGAUGCUCGCGGAAAUGGAUAGUCCCUGGAUAGGCAAUGAGCGAGGCCUAGUGAUGCAGCGCAUCUGGACUCAGACAGGUGAGCUGAUAGCAACUUGUGUACAAGAAGGAAUUCUGCGUUUGGCAUCGACUGGCCUCCAAGAUGCUAAGCUGUGA